UCAUCGUCAUUGGCUGAAUACAGUGUCAGUUUGCAACGCCAUUGUGUUAGUAACGGCAAAUCUGCAGCAAUUUUGCGCGAAACGAUCAAUAAACCGCGCUAACACCCGAGGAUGUCAAAGCAUAUCGCCGGUUAACAGGUUUUUUUUCCCGAUGAGCGAGGUCGGUGCAUGUGUGAGGAAGUUAAAAACGUGGGAAAAUGCAGGAAGAGAGCGCUUCUCCCAGCGCCAGGCCUUUUGAUCCCGGCUGUCCGCUUACACGGGACACCGAGCAGAGCGGAGACAGAGCCGGCAGAGCUGCGGUGGAUUUCCCGGUAGCCGUGGUUCUGCCAGCCGGGGGCUGCGGGGAGCGAAUGGGGCUGCCAACACCAAAACAAUUCUGCCCGAUUCUUAACAGACCUCUGAUCAGCUACACCAUUCAAGCCUUUGAGAGAUUAUCAUGGAUUGGGACUAUUGUUGUUGUGGUUGCUAAGGAGAACCAUGACUUGAUGCUACAUAUUGUCCGAAAAUUCAAUCACACAAAGGUAAAAGUGGUGCAAGGGGGAACCACCAGGCACAGGUCUAUCUUCAACGGACUUCAAGUCCUCAGCAACAAUACAGACGAUGUAUUGACUACAAAGCCAAAAGUGGUCAUCAUCCAUGAUGCUGUACGGCCCUUUGUGGAAGAAAAUCUUCUGUUGAAAAUUACACUAGCUGCUAAAGAAGAAGGGGCUUCAGGAGCAAUACGUCCUUUGGUGUCUACGGUUAUAGCUACGACCUUGGAGGGCUACCUGGACCACUCUUUGGAGAGAGCAAAAUACCGAGCCAGCGAAAUGCCUCAAGGAUUUCUUUAUGACAUCAUUUUCCAGGCCUACCAGCGGUGCAGUGAAUAUGAUUUUGACUUUGGCACAGAGUGCCUGCACUUGGCCCUGCAGUACUGUGGAACAAAUGCAAAACUUAUAGAGGGACCACCAGCCCUGUGGAAAGUAACCUACAAAAGAGAUCUAGCAGCUGCGGAGGCCAUUAUUAAAGAAACUCUUGCGACGUCUGCGUGUGUCAUCACAGAAGCUGCAGCAGAAGCGGUUGAGCUGGCAGGAGCACUCCAGAAAAAUCUGGCAACCCAGAGCAUGAUGGUGAAGGACAUCAUUACAAGUGCAAAGGAAAGUAAUACAGACUACCUGUCAAAAACCCCAAACUUUCUUCAGAUAACGGUGAAUGGAUUGAACACAUCAGGGCUUCUACAAAUGGUUAAACAUUUCGAGGAGACGGGCCACGCUUGUUUAUAUCCAGUAGUUGUUGUUUGGGUUCAGCUGAACGUGACAAAGCGGUCCUUUGAUACUCAAAAGACAGACGAGUUAACAUCCUUUAGACGUCUGGCCUCUGAAAUCAAACAAGGAAAUGUUCUGCUCUACGGAAUUCGCAUUGAUCACACCGAGGUGUCAGAGCAGUGGGAGAGGUCUGUGGAGAGACUCGCUGACAUCACAGGUGCUCUCAUCAGAGAUAGAAACCCUGCUCUGAUUGGCCAGCUGCUUCAUGCUUGAAACUGUGGUACGACUGGAUGAUGCUGUACAGUAGUGGACAAAGAGAAACAACAGUUUUGAAUCUCAGGUCAAUGAAACAUUUUAGCAAAGCAGUUCAAUGCAAAAUAAAUUACAGACAACAAUCGUCUGUAUGCUCAGACAGUCAGUCAUUUUGUGCUUGGUUACUUUUUGUAAGUUAACCCAAUGGUAAAAAUGUAUUCAUCCUUAGGCCGUCCAAGAUGUAGGUGACACUUUUUUUCAGCAGAACAGUAUUGGGGUGUUCCAUUAUUGAUACAGUAUAAUGCAAGUCCUCCGAUGCCUUGUCUUUGAAGGUCUAAAAUAGACACAAAAGUACACAAAAACUUGUAAAAAGAGUGUUUAAAGUUUCAAAGCUUUAAGGUAAAUCAGUUUAUCAGUGCGUUUUGAUUGGUUAGUAAGUUUGAGCAAUGUGACCCUAACUGUGAAAUCCUGGCUAAAGUCUGAUUGUCAUCGAAGUUUGCACUCAUUUUAAUCACUGGCAUAAUUCAGUCAAUAAUAAAUAUAUCAAGGUUAUAUUUUAACAAAAUGUUCUUUACAUUAUGUAGGAUGAUAAUGAAACAGUAAAUCACAAAUAAAUGACUUUAGCUCAUUUUUCACUAGCAAGGGAUCAAUUUUAAAUGCAAAAUUUGCCUUCUCAGACAAGCACACCACAUUCUCUUUCUGAAUCCAUAAAUAUCAUAGUUAAAAAAAUGUAUUUAUUAAUAUUAUUAUCAUGGUAUACUAUAAAACGAGUGCCUUUUGAUAUCCCAUAUCAAAAUUUUAAGGAGGCAAUUGUUUAUUAAAAUGCUGAUUUAUUAAGGUCCUUCUGCUUUUUAUUUAUUUAUUUUUUGUUUUAUGGACCCUAUCCAUUCAUGAUUUUUUAUAAUACUUGUCAUACACUGAAUUUUUUUUCUUUAUUUCUGUAAAAAAACAGUAUUUUAUAUUUUAACCUUGCAGUACGUGGUCUCACAUGGAGGUUUUUUUAUGAAAUGCUGCCAUCUUGUGGAGGGCCAGGGCUUAACAUAUAGGACUGCCCGGUGGCCGGUGUGAGAGACACUCGGGCCAAUAAACAGUACUGAUCGGGCCAAUGCUUCAACCUCAGUGACUAAAAUAUAUUUUCUGCCUGUGGCCGUUUGUCUGUAUGUAUUCUUAUGCAAUGCUACCCUCAAGAUACAUUUUAAAGGGAUAGUUCACCCAAAAAUGAAAAUUUCAUUUUCAUCAUCAUCAUUUACUCACUGUCAUGUUGUUACAAACUCGUAUAAAUGUCUUUGUUUUGAUGAACACGAAGGUAGAUAUUUUGAGGAAUGUUUGUUACCAAACCAUUCGUGGACCCCAUUCACUUCCAUAGUAUUGCUUUAUCCUACUAUGUAAGUAAAUGGCGUCCAAAAAUAUAUACAGGUUUGUAACAACAUGAGAGUGGAUAAAUGAUGACAGAAUUUUCAUUUUUGGGGUGAACUAUCCCUUUAAGCGUUGCAAAAAUGAACUUCUCAGCACUGUCAUGAGGUUUCUUCUACCUUAUUGGUUGUUGUGGACACUGUUGCGUGUUAUGUCAGCCGGUAGAGCAAAGAGAUGUUAAGAUGGAGAUGCCCUAACCAGGGAUGGAAGGCCAAACCAAAAUGUAAUUUUUAACAUCUUGGAAGCAAACAUUUACUUGGGUAAAACUCAACAAAAGAAAUUAUAAAGUGUUUUGCAAUUUCCAUCAGUUUUCAGGUAAAGCAGACAAGUCAGAAGCCUUGUUCGUUGGAACAAGCAACUACCGUUAACAAAACCCUGAAGCUCAUGAAAAAAGCUGACAGCACAUAACGUGCAUGGUGUCUAAAAGGGAUAAACCUUCAUCCGGUCCACUUAACUUAAUAGUGAGACGUAUAAUGAAGAGAAUCGAGAGACAUAUCAACACUGCAUAUUAAUAACAUUGUUUUAUUAAUAUUGGUUUGUUAUCUUCCUUAAAAACAAUAUUUAUUUAAUAUAAGUUCUUUAUUUUCUGUGCACAGUUAAUCCUGAUAUACCUGAAACUUUUGAUCCUGAUGAGAGUAUUGUUAGAGUUUAUUUAAAAUUGCCAAUUUUCUUAACAAAUAAUGAACAAAUAUAUAUAUGUAUACAAUUAUAUUUGACUUUUUAAUUAUUAUUUAAAGUACAGAAACCUUUUUUUUUUUUUUGUGGGGCCAGUGAAAAUUUUGGCAGGGCAAAUAAAAACCUGAACCAAAGAAUAUUUGCAUUGAGCCCUCACUGUAAAAAAAAAUCUUUGCUGCCUUAACUUUUUUGGUUGAAUCAACUCAGAUUUACAAGUCAUGUCAACUUACUAUUGUUUAUCUUGGCCAUAGAUUAGUUAUAACUACAGAUGAGUUAUAACACUUAACAUAUAGUUGAUAAAAAGGCAACUUCAUUUUAUAAGUUGAAGCAACUCAUCUCUUGUCAAGAUACAAAAUAGUAAGUUGACCUGACUUGUAAAUCUGAGUUGAUUCAGCAAAGAUUGUUUUUACAGUGCUGAGGCGUAUGAAAUAAUGCUUUAGUUGCACUACAGUUUUCUUCUGUAGUGGUUUUAUAUUAUAACUAUUAGUUCUUAUAGUAAGGUCAUUCAUUUCACAAUAGAUUGAGUUUUGUGUAAUUGUUUAACCUAAAUUCUAAAUCGUUUAUAUUUCUAACUUUGAGUUAGUUUUAGGUACAGAACAGGCCCGUCCUUCUUAAAAUUAAUUUUUAUAUGCUAAAUUGACUGUAUGUCACUCAUUUUUAAAAAUCCAUAUAAUCACUAUGUAGUAUUGAUAUAUUAAAUGACCAAACUUCAUUAUUAAAGCUGCUUGUAUGCAUUUCCCCAUAAAGCUUUACUGUUAACGUAACGUUGUUUCACAGCCUGCUGCAAGGAGUUUCAAAUACUAUGGUCUUGCUAAAGUUAAAGAACAUAAGAGAUAUUUUCAACCCAGCAAUGGGUCAAAAAUGGACGAGCCCACUCCGCUGGGUUGUAAUUUAACCCAUGCUUGGUUGCUUCAACCCAAAAUGCUGGGUUAUUCUAACCCAUUGUUGGGUCAAAUAUACAUUUUUUUGGGUUAACUGUAACCCAGAUGCUUGGCUCGUCCCUUUCUGACCCAAUGCUGGGUUGAAAAUAACUCAGCAUUUUUUGUGUGUGUUCCUGUGCCUAAAAUUGUGUAAUGUUGCAGUAUGCACUUUAUUCAAUUAAAUACCAACUUAUCGACAGUCAUGCAACAUAUACAAUAUGUGAGUAUGCAUUGUGUAGUAUUAAUACAUUCAAAGACUUAUGUCUGUUAUGUUUGCAUCAUCAUGUUUGACCUAUAAUAACCACAAAUACUGCCAUUACCAAUUUAACCAGAGCUAAGAAUAAAUUUACCGCUUAAAAAGAGCCACCUUGCCAAUAUUUUUAUUUUUGAACUGAAUUUAGAGGCCCACUUGCUCUCAACGGGAUAACAAAAGGUCACAUGACGUGUAAGCAGCAAAUUUUUUGCAGGAGUGGAUGGAUAUCGGCCAGCCACUGAGUGCAUACAUUGGUUGUGCAAUUGUUAUUGUGGUGCAUCAUGGGAUUGAAUAAUUGCGUUGGAUAGUUCGAGAAACUUUUAAAAUAAAUGUGACCUCAAAUAUUAGUACACAAUGAUAUUGGGGGCUAUUUCAGAACAGCAUUUGACUAUUCUAGAACAUACUGUAUGUACUGAUUUUAAAGUAGGCAUAUUAAAACACAUGGGCUUGAUCUUGUAAUUUUUGUCGGUCCUUUUUGCCGGCCUAUGUAAUUUGUUGCACAUUUCAAUUCAUUUGAAAGUGAGAGUGCUGAUUUCCAGCCUUCAGCGGGAGACCGAGAGAUUGUCUCUGCGUGAAGCUGCCCGUUAUGACUGAGAUGGAUUAACCUCUCAGAUGUUAAGCAACAUCUCACGGAUGUCUCUGGAAAGACUUAAGGUGGAACGUCGGUGAUGUUGGAUCUGGUUUGCAUACUUUGUUGUGUUGAAUAUGAUUAAAUGGACAAGGGGGACCUGAUCAGAUCGAUAUCAUUACCAAGGCCAGUUAUACCAAGACCACGACUGCAAGCGAGAAAUGCGAGUAGAUAUAGUAUUGUUUCCAAGUUUAUGAAAACUAUACUGUUGAAGAUUUAAAUGAUGCCAGAGAAUGUCACCGUCAAGUUUGGAGUUUAUCUCUGUGUAGUCUUCAUCAUUUAUACAAACUCCAAAUUAUGCUUUUUUGAAGCCGGAAAUAUAAUUGGAUUUAGUUUUAGACAAAGUUCAUUUUCUCCCUCAGCUCAGAGAGUUCGUGUGAAAUGUUCUGAGAAAACCACUAACCAAAAACAUCUGCGAAAUGGUCGAGUAAGUGCUCGCCAUAUUUAUGCAUGAGAGAGGAUCAUUUCAUUUUCCUUUGGCAGAACUGCAGCAUGUAAAAUGCAUGUAGCCCUUUAAGUUCUGCUCCAUCCUUGUGUUUCAGUCAUGAAUUUCAGCUUCAUCUAUGAGUUGUUGUUUUUUUCAUUACAGAAGAACCUCUGAGGAUGUCAGCAGAAGACAAAUACCUUCCUUAUGUUUUCAGGACCUGCUUAUAAAUUUGCAUUAGGAAUUGAAACACACAUGUAUGUUUAACACUCGCAGUCUUAAAGCAUUGGAGGUUUUCUGUAGUGAUAAAUGAACUGAUGUAUUUUAUUGAUCCCAAAGGGCAAAUCAGGUGUACAACUAUAUACAAUUUAUAAUACAAGAUGAGUUAUUAAUCUGUUCCCAAGGGUUUAAUGCUGUGUUUGCACUGAAAAUGAUAUAAAAAUAUACUUAAAAUCAAGAACACAUUGCUGGGUUAUUACAACCCAUGGUUGGGUAACAACA